GUGAACAAUAGACAGUUGUCUGAAACAGAAAAUGAAACUUAAGUAAAGCACUUCCGAGUGUUAAACAAAAUCUUUUUUUUUUCCCCUUGCUCGAGUCCCUUUCAUGUCAUGUUUAUAAGGAAUGUCUCAUCAUGUUUCAUGCACAAUGUCAGGAUUAUAACAGCCAGAAAGAUGCACGUGACUGUGAUAGGAGCUGGAGUUAUUGGGCUCUCUACUGCGCUGUGCAUUCAUGAGCAGUACCAUCGUACCGUGCGCCCCCUGAAGAUUGAAAUCUAUGCCGACAAAUUUACCCCCCUUACAACCAGUGAUGGAGCAGCGGGGCUGUGGCAGCCAUAUCUCGAUGAUAACGGGAACACACAGGAGACCAAAUGGAACAAGGAUACCUUUGACUACUUGCUGAAAUUUGCCCACUCAGAGGAGGCCCCUGAUAUGGGACUGUUUCUGCAAUCUGGAUACAACAUCUUAAAAGAGCCAGCACCUGAGCCUUUUUGGAAAGAUAUCGUGCUUGGAUUUCGCCAGAUGACGCCAAAAGAACUGGAGCUAUUUCCUGGCUACAGUUUUGGCUGGUUUAACACUGCAUUAAUGAUUGAAGGCAAAAGCUACUUACCAUGGCUGACCAAAAGGUUACAGGAAAGAGGAGUCAAAUUUAUUCAAAAGAAGAUUGAAUGCUUUGGAGAACUUGCUGCACAGGGUGCAGAUGUCAUCAUUAACUGCACAGGGGUUCGAUCUGGGGACCUUCAGCCUGAUCCGGAAUUAAAACCAGGACGUGGGCAGAUACUAAAGGUCUUUGCUCCAUGGAUGAAACACUUCAUUUUAACUCAUGACCUUAAAACUGGAGUUUAUACCACACCAUAUAUAAUUCCCGGGAGUCAAUUUGUCACACUAGGAGGAAUUUAUCAGCUGGGAAACUGGAGUGAGUUAGACAGCUCUGAAGAUCAUAACUGGAUCUGGGAAAAUUGCUGCAAACUUGUUCCUAGUCUGAAGAAUGCAAAGAUUGUGCACGAAUGGUCUGGUUUGAGGCCAACACGUAGUAAAGUGAGAUUGGAGAGAGAACCCUUUGUGUCUGGAUCUUUUAAGAGUGAGCUCAUUCAUAACUAUGGUCAUGGAGGAUACGGACUAACAAUCCACUGGGGUUGUGCGCUAGAAGCAACCAAGAUAUUUGGCCAAAUUGUUGAGGAAAAGAAGCUCAGAAGAACUCCACAAUCCUCCUUGUAAAAAAAUCAUUUAGGACACGUCUUCAUUUUAAUCUCUGCCAUGAUAUUUUUUUUACAGAUAAAAAAUAGUUGCAGUAUUUGCAGGAAUCCCUGCUUCACUGAAUGUACUAAGGAGGUAAAUAUCAAGGAUCUUACACUAAUAUAUUUGCCAGAAUAAAAUAUGAUUUGCACUGUG